UUAUUUCAUUAAUUAAUAAUUUGAAAUUUGUCUGAUGUCUGCUACAUUCAUCACACUCAUAAAUUUUGUUGAUACCGCUGCUGGAAACUGGAGACAUAGAUCUAGUAGCUGGAGUAAAAUUUAUAAAUUUCGUUUGAGAAGAUAAUUAAGAGUAAUCAAAUGAGUAAUUAUGGAAGAUUAAAUCCUGAGGAUGAAGCGCUGCAGAAAACAGUUGGUGAUGCUCUGAACAUUCAGUUGACGAAAGAAGAGAUGGCUGUUUUGACAGAGUGCCAGCAUAAUUCUGUUUUUCAUCGGGGUCUUCCGCUGGGUGCUAUUGCGACCGGUGGAUUUUAUUAUAUGAUGAAGAACGGUAUUAUGAAGAGGAACAUAGGCACUUUGGUAGUGAGUGGUCUGACAGGGUUUUUGAUCGGAACUAUAUCAUAUAGAUCUGUUUGUAUGGAGAAACUGAUGGCGCUUCCCCAGAGUACUUUGAAAGAAAGAAUUUUGGCGGCUCAAGGAAUACAACCGGUUAAGGUUGAUUUACAAUCUUCAGACAAUCAGUCGCAGACUUGGUACGACAGUCAUCCUAUUAAUGAACCUUUUAGAGAUUCUCCGAUGGGUUCAUCGCUUGAUAUUGAACCUUAUCAAUCUCAUAAUGAUGGAUUCGGUCAUACAAAUAUAGAUACUGAGUCAGCAUUUGCGUUGGAUCCACCAUUAAAACCUAUUGGUCGUGAUAAAUAUACAUCAUACGAUGAAUUACGUCGUAGAAAUCGUGAGGAAUAUGAAAGAUCUCACUCUUCAGGAUACAGCCGGCCAUCGAGGCCUUACAGACCAGAACCACCAUCACCACCUCCAUCAUCGUCAGAAUUCGAUUCUCCGUACUCGUCAUUCGACAGACCUUACGAACCGCCAUCAUUCGAUCCACCGAGACGCGAUGAUUUUCUGUGAUUUCCACACUCAUUUCAUUUUCUUUUUUCUUUUCAGUAGUGCUGUGUUUCUACUCACUUUGUACUAUGUACGUAUGUGUAUUAUAUUGAAAAAAAGAAAUAAUAAGUAAUCUUGUUAAUUAAUUAAAUGAACAAAGCCAAUAAUUUUACUUUUAUCAUGAAAUCGAGAAUGCGACACCUUGGCCUUUGCGGGAGGACCGCGGUUUGAAUUUCGUCAUAUUUCUGAAACAUGACUAAUUAUUGUUCAAAACACUUUUAUUCAUAUAGAGUAUAUAGUAAUCUGAGGAAUUCAACCCACAGUAAUUAGAAAAUACAAAAAAUUCGACGAAACUCAAUAACUUUAUUUUGAUCUUAGGAACAUCCAUAAAUUACGUAACACAUUUUGAAGAUUUUUUUUACCCCCACCCUGGUAUGUAACAAAUCGUAACAAAUUACUCUUGUGCCCCUAAAAAAUUUGUUACAUAACAUAGUCAUUUUAUCACAACAGAAAAAGUUCUUGAAUAAUUUAAAUUUAAAUUUAUUGCAUAAAAUAAUUGCUAUAUAUUCAAGCAUCUCAGCAAUUAAAUUUUAGUUACAUAAUAUAUGUUAAAUUGACAACCCUCUUAAUGUACAAUACAUAACAAAUUGAACCCCGGCUCUUAAAAUGUGUAACGUAAUUUAUGGAUGUUCCCUUAUAGUGAAACUGUAAUUAGUU